AUGUCCUACGCGAUAGAAACGAAGAAGCGCAAAUUUGAUCGGCUCCUGGAAUCGCUCACAGAAGGGUCCAGCCCAUCGCAACAAGACGAUAACCCGAACAAUGCACGCAAUAAAGUAACGGCCUCGAGACAUAGCUCAUUCGACUCGCUCAAAAGACGGCGCCUUGCCCAAAGUCUAGGAAGAUCGACAUCGAAGUCUUCUCUAAUUAACAACUACCUUCCUUCUAGCAGAGCUGCAUUCUUAGAAAGACUGGAAACCUACAGACACGUUACGAAAUGGCACGUCCCUUCCACUGUAUCAAUCAAUGCUGCUCAAUGGGCCAAAAGAGGUUGGAUCUGCGUCGAUGUUGAUACAGUUGCUUGUGGGUAUUGCGGAGAGAGAGUAACUGUCGACCUGGAUGUCAGUUCAAGACCUGUUGUGGGCGAGGAUCAGGACGAGGAAACACGACAGUCUGGAAUUCAGCAAGAUGAGGCCGCUGACGAUCUGGAGGUCGAAGUCUACGAAGCAUUGGUCAACCGCUAUGAAGAAAUGAUCACAACCUCACAUUCCGGUACCUGUUCCUGGCGAAAAAGAGGCUGUGAUGCCUCCAUACAACGCAUUGAAGGGCUGCUCAAUGGUUCUACCACGGUCACGGCUACAAAAGCGAGGUUGCAAGGCAUUAUCGAGAAGAUAGACGAUAUACCCACAGUGUCGGAUCUACCUGCCUAUAAUGAUUUACCACCACCUAAUCUCGACAAUUUACAAGAAGCUGGAGACAAAAACCCGCUGAAACUCGCAAUGUGUGGGUGGCAAUACAAAGAGCCUGAUGUUAUAGAGUGCAAGCACUGUCUCAGGUCACUGGGCUUGUGGUUGUAUCGAGGUACAUCUCCCACAGUCGAGAAUUUGGACGCGGUCGAUAGUCAUCUUGAUUACUGUCCAUGGAGGUCUGCCGAGGCUCAAGAUACCGAGAUCGUGCUGCCUGCCAACGGAUCUAAUAUUAGCAAGAAGAUUAAAUUACCGGGUUGGGCAUUGGUUUAUCAUGCUUUCUUGAAACAGACAGUGAAAAGAAGAAGUGGUGGAGAUGCGGAGUCUUGGUCAACUGCUCAGCCCGACGAUGAUCAUGCCUUACGAGAACAGCAAACGCCUGAACAACGUGAGAGGAGGAUGAAAGACCUCAUGAGGCGAAUCAAGGAGAUCAAGAAACCAUUCAACGUUAAAGGUCUUCUGAACAGGAAGGACACUGUGCGGACAUAA